AGUAAAUACACCUUGGUAUGUAAGUAGGGCUGCCAUCCGUCUGCAUUCCCCGGAUUUAUCUUAGUUUGGAGGGCUUCCGGGGAGCGCCUGGGCGGGUUUUCAAAAAAGUGUCCAGUCCUCCUGAGGUCCAAGAUAUUGUGGAGAUUUAGAAGAGGCAUAUCUAACUAAGCUAGCAACUAACGUUUUUUGACCAUUUAAAAAGGUAUUACAAUUUCUGGACCUUACUGCUCCUCGGAAAAUUACAUUACGAAAACAAAAAAGUGCCGCCAUUUAAGCAGAAGUGAGGUUAAUUGGUUAAUCUGUAAUCUAAUCUAAGGCUGGAAUCAGAAAAAAAAAGAAACACUUGUAUUUGUAUUAUCGAUACUUAAUGGCCUUGAAAAGCACCAACGCACAAUAAUUCGUGUCUGAAAUCGCGUAACUAAUCUUAAAUGAAGUCAAUACUAAUAACAGGUUGCAAUAGGGGCAUAGGUUUAGGCCUUGUUAAAAGGUUAGUGAAAGACCAAAUAUCUCCAAAAUGUAUAAUGGUAACAUGUAGGAACCUUGAAAAAUCAACGGAACUACAACAAAUAGCAGCUGAACAUAAAAAUGUCCAUAUUCUUCAACUGGAUGUUGAAAAGACAGAUACUUUUGAAAAUUUUGCAAAAGAUGUUAAACAACUGGUGAAAGAUGAUGGUUUGAACGUUUUAUUCAACAAUGCUGCUUAUUCGCCAAAGGCAACAAGAAUUCAUUUCGUUAAAGCAGAACAAAUGCUGGAAACAUUUUCGAUUAACGCAGUUGGACCGUUAAUGCUAACAAAGGCUCUGCUGCCAUUACUAAAGAAGGCUGCUACUUUAAACAAAGAUCAGCCAUUAGGGAUUGACAGAUCAGCUGUAAUUAACAUGAGUUCUAUUUUAGGAUCUCUUUCCAUGAAUGAUAGCGGUGGACUUUAUCCAUAUAGGUGUUCAAAGGCUGCAUUGAACAUGAUUACCAAAUCACUUAGCAUUGAAUUGAAAGAAAUUGGUAUUCUCGUCACUGCGAUUCAUCCUGGUUGGGUCAAAACUGAUUUGGGCGGCCCUAAAGCUCCAAUAGAGGUAGACGAUUCUGUUGAUGGUAUAAUUAAUUUGUUAAAAAAUCUUUCGACUACACAUAAUGGGUUGUUAUAUUCAUGGGAAGGAAAACCAUUGGAGUGGUAAAUGGUUUUUUUUAGGAAAAGAUCUCAAAUUAUAGAAUAUACAAUAUUA